AAUUUUACAAUUAUCUAAUUGUUCAAUGUCGACAUGAAAGAAGCAUUCUAUGUAAGUCAGUUUGAUACAGAUCUCGGAACAAACACUGCAGAGUUCCGAGAAAUGAAUAAAUUCAAAUAAAAUUAGUGACAGAAAAAUUUACUUGCACGUCCCAGUACAUUGAAAAUGAAAAUAAUGAAUUAAAUGUAACGGAAAGUUCAUUAGUUUUAAUUAGACGGUCUAUAAAGGCUAAUACAGUAGAAAAUAAUAACAGAAAAGUUCUCAAAGAAAUGACAAUGGUGGAGAAACAAGACGUUGUAGGAAAAGGAUCUAAAAGUAAUUUUAAAGUUUCAGGAUGGGGCUACAGACAUCAGCAGUGUUUUAUACUAUUUUGUACAUUAACAGUGGCAUAUAGUAUGAGAGCAUGUAUGGGUGUGUCCCUGGUAGCUAUGACAAAAUAUGGCAAAACUACAGCCAAUGUGAGUGCUGCAUUGAAUGCAGAGGAAACAGAGAAUCAGUUUAAACCAGAAGGAAUUCUGAAUGCUUUGAUGUUGACACCGCCUUACCCAACAUUUGACUGGGACAAAAAGACGCAAGAUGCUGUGAUAGCCUCAUUCUUCUGGGGCUACAUGUUGUUGCAGAUCCCUGGUGGCCAACUGGCUCACAGAUUUGGAGCCAGGUAUCUAUUGACUGGAGCCAUGAUGAUUAACUGUGUGGUUUCCAUACUUCUUCCUCUGGCUGCUUAUUAUGGUGGUUGGAUAAGUACAGCCGUAUGUAGAGUACUCCAAGGUCUAAGUCAAGCAUGUAUUGUACCAGGCCUUCAUACAUCUCUAGGAAAAUGGGCGCCUCUUCAGGAGAGGGGGAGAAUUGCUGCGUUCGUUUACGGAGGUCAGGCGUUAGGCACAGUUUUUGGACUACCAAUGACCGGCUUUAUAUCUUCAUCUAGUCUAGGCUGGCCUGGCAUAUUCAGGUUCUAUGGAAUACUCUCAGGAAUUAUUGGUGCCCUCCUUUUUUGGCUAGCCGCUGAUACCCCAGCCAAACAUAAGAAAAUAUCUGAAGCUGAAAGAAAAUAUAUUGAAGACGAAUUAGGAACUAGAGAUGUAGCCAAAAAAAUGCCAGUGCCAUGGACGAAAAUUCUCAGUCACAAAGGAGUUUAUGCCAUCAUCAUUGCCCACGUUGGAACAACGUGGGGACAGCUGGUACUUUACUCAGAAGUUCCAGCUUAUUUAGAUAAAAUUAUGGGAGUCAAUAUAAAAGCGAAUGGCUUGUUAACCGCUUUGCCGUUCUUGGUGAUGUGGUUCACCAACUUUUUCUUCAGCUGGAUGACUGAUAUGUUGAUUGUCAAGAACAUUCUCAGUCCUACAAACACUAGGAAGUUUGCUAAUUCUUUAGGCAAUGUCCCAGCGGCCAUUGGACUAAUAGCGCUAGCGUAUGCACCUAAAAAUAUGUUUGUUGUGGAAGCCAUACUAGUAUUUACAUGUGCUUUCAAAAUUUCAGCUCAUCUAGGCUUUCAGAUUAACCAUAUCGAUAUAUCGCCCAACUUCGCCGGCACUAUGAUGAGUCUCAGUAACUUUACCUCUAACAUUGGAGCAUCCAUCGCUCCUCUUAUUACUGGAUUCAUACUUACAGAUGUCAAUGACGUUUACCUGUGGCGGCAGGUAUUCUUCGUGGCAGCCGGUAUAUACCUAGUGACUAAUCUCAUUUACGUGAUCUUUGCUACUGCUGAGAAGGCAGAGUGGAACGAGCCCGUCGGAACACAACUCGACGAGGAGGAAGGACAUCCGAUGAUGGAGAAACCCAAGUUACAAAAUUCUUAGUACAUAACAGGACAAGUGAAGAAGAUGCAGUAGUAGAGUAUAGAAUACUUAAUUUUUAGGUAUUUAUAGUAAUGAAGAUUGAGAUUAAGUUUUGGGAUUACGAUUUAAUUUCACCUAAUUUCUCCAUUAUUAUCCAUACUUGUUGAUGAAUGACCAAUUAUAAUAUUAAAUAGCUGAUCAAUCAAUGUUUUGAUAUCAAACAGAAAAUAACAAGAUUCGACUUUGGAAAAAUACUCGGUCGAAAAUGUUCUGUUUAAACAGUGACGUCACAGCGCGAGCGCCCGGAAGACAUGAUUAACGAAUGUUCCCGUGGCUUCGAGAAUGAAUUGCUUUCCCCGAGAUUUCAUUUCAUGUUUAACGUUCCAAACUGCAGACACUUUUAAAUGCAACCCAUUUAUUUUAAUGGUGGCCGUCAGAAUGAGAUAUUUAGU